CAGAAAUAUAUUUCCCCGCUAUUACUAGUAGAAUGACGCUCAGGGAAUCAGAUACCGAACAAGCGCUCAGCCCCAUUGCCUGCGAGCCAUGCAGGCAAAAGAAAUGCAAGUGCGACCGCACGCUUCCAGUCUGCACACAAUGCUCCCCCGAUCCAUCCAAGUGUGUCUAUCCAGAAAGCGGUAAACGAGGGCUUCCACUUGGGUAUCUUAAUCUGAUCGAACAGCGGCUUGCCGACACCGAGCAAGCGUUAUUCGAGGCCCUCACCACCAUCCGCGAGCUCAAUGCCUCGCACGGAGGCAUGGUGGUGCAGACCACCCGCAAGUCCGCUGAUAUGCGCCCCAAGAAUGUACGCAUGCAGGAGUGGUCCCAGUUGCCAUUGAGCGGGUGGGCGGAGCGCGAACGAUGGCGAGAAGCGAAACAAGAUCAGUACCAGUGUGAACGGACCGUGGUCAAGUCGCCACCGGGGGUAGAAGUGCCGCCGUCGAACGUGUAUGAGAUGCCGCGGGGAAUCUCCGCCGCCAGUCUUCCCAGCAGGAGCAGUGUAGGGCCGGCGGAGUCAGUAUCGGUCGCGGAGUCAGUAUCGCCAGAGCGGCGGAGGGCGGAUCGGGCAGGGGAAGUGGCGCGGCGAUAUCCUUCGUUGUACUUUUGAUUACUG